AUGUUAUUCAACGUAUUCGCCUGUCUGAUACCGGUUUUAUCGUUGAUCACGGCUGUAUCUGCUUCUCCCCACCCCAUAUUCGACAAGAGAAGUUGUAAAUCGUGUGGCACUUCUUGGUCAGGUUACAAGAAUGUGGGAUAUUUCACUAAUUGGGGGAUAUAUGACCCUCAAAACUACUAUGUAACCAACAUCACGGCAAAAGAUUACACGCAUAUCAACUAUGCCUUCGCCAAUGUCGAUCCUGAUAAUGGUACUGUUUUUCUCGAUGAUCCCGAAGCCGAUUAUCAGACUGAGUAUCCAGGCGAUAACCUCGAUGAGGAAGGCAAUAACAUCUACGGCAAUUUGAAACAGCUUUUCUUGCUGAAAGAACAUAACAGAAACUUGAAAGUCUUACUAUCUAUUGGAGGAGCUUCCUACUCUCCCAAUUUUGCCAAUAUCGUAAACUCAAUAUGGAGAGAGACGUUUGUCAAUACGUCUGUAGCAUUGUUGAACAACUUUGGGUUCGAUGGAUUAGACAUUGAUUAUGAUAACAGUCCCGAAAACGAAGAACAAGGCAAAGCGUUAACUGAAUUACUCAGAUGUGUGAGGGAAGGACUCGAUAAAGCUGCUAGACAGAACCGAGCGGAUUACUAUGAGCUGACUGCUGCGGUCGGUUGUGGCGUGGCUGGGUGGGGAAGUUUAGACGUGUAUGGAAUGGAUCAAUAUCUUGAUUUUUGGAAUCUAAUGGCGUACGAUUUCUCUGGAGAAUGGACCGAACUUGCUCUUCCUUCUGCCAAUCUUUGGCCAGAUACCAAUCCUGCGAACGAUGUCGGCGCUUCUGGCUCACAAUGUGUACAACAUUACGCUGGUGAAGGUGUGGGUUCAAGAAAGCUAGUAUUAGGAAUGCCACUCUACGGGACUGCGUUCAAUGGCAGCAAAGGAAUGUGGACUAAGUGGACAGAUCUGGGUGAUGGAGAUUACGAUCAAGCAGGUAAUUACGACGACAAACAUCUUCCCUUGGACGGUGCAGUGAUGUUCUACAAUCAAACAUUGGGAUCUUCCUGGAGUUAUGACAAUAGGACGGGACAUGUAGUCUCAUUUGACACACCAACAGUAGCACUUCAAAAAGCGAAAUAUGUCUUGAAGAAUCAACUGGGAGGGAUGAUGUAUUGGUCGAUUGAUCAGGAUUUUCUUAAAAUGCAAAAAGAAGGUAAAUCAAAUGGAAGAAUAUGGCCUGGGAAGUGGGAUAAAUUAAAAGGUGAAUGUAAAAAGUUCAAUUAUGGUAAAUGGAAAGGUGUACCUUGGCCUCUACCUGAAUCUUUCAAAAGUCAGAAACAACACAAACAAUUUUCGUUACUUGAUAUUACCGGAGUCAAGGAGAGAGGAUAUGGAGGGGGAGGAUUUAGCUGGAAUGACUGGAACAAAUGGGGAGAAUGGGACGAUAUGAGAGAAUGGAAAAUCAAAUCCGAUGAUGGAAUCUAUACGAAUAUCGGUUAUAGUCUGGUGGAUACUGUUGUCACAGCAUUUGAGAAAUAUGGAGGUGGUUUAGACAAGAGUAAGAAUAAUCUGAAUUAUCCUAAUUCAGAGUAUGAUAACGUUAGAAAUGGUUUUCGAAAAUAG